AUGGACAGUCUGCCGACAGUCGUGGAUUUCCUUAGCUCCACCUCUGACGUGGACCACCCGACCGGAGAGGAACAGGCUACAUUCAAUGACAUCGCUGUCUAUUUCUCCAAGGAUGAGUGGGAUUACCUAAACAACGAAGAGAAAGAUCUAUACAGGGAGGUGAUGAUUGAAAAUUAUCAGACCCUCCAGUCACUAGGAUGGGACAGUGUAAAGCCUUCUAUCGUAUCAAUGAUUGAGCGAGGAGAGGAGCCAUACUUUACUGAGAUGUGGCAGUCUGAGAAGGAGAUGAUUCUGGAGAGUUAUAAUGCAGAUACGGCCUUCAACAUGACCCUUUCGGAGAUCAGCGAUCUGCCCGUCCUCCCACUAGACUGGAUUUCAGAAGAUGGUUUUGUCCACCCCGAUUAUUACACCACGAGGAUUACUAGAAGUAUGACCUCAGGCACCCCCUUUCGAAUAAAGUUAGAGAAGCCGAACGGAAUCUUCCCGUUUCACGUAUCAACCCAAAAACUCGAUACCUGGACAGAAUAUUCAUCGUCCCACUAUAACCAAAGAACCGUCCACGAGGAGAAACCAUUGAACUUGUCUGCCGUGAACACCAACUUCAUCAAACACGAGAGCCUUUUGUCCUGUUUUGGUGGCGAGCAUCCGUUCAGCUACGAGUCGGAGCUUUUCCAAGACGAGGAGACCCGCAAAAAACAGAAACAGUUUGUCUGCUCCGUGUGCGGCAGUCUCUUCAUCUCCAAGCUAGGCUUCCUCAAGCACCAGAAGCUUCACAAAGGGCAGAAUGCGUUCUCCUGUGCCGAAUGCGGCAAAUGUUUUUCAAGUGCCUCGGACCUCAUCGUCCACCGUAAAAGUCACACGGAGCAGAAACCCUUCGUCUGUUCCAAAUGCGGAAAGUGCUUCUUCACGAGCCUCCAUCUCACCAGACAUUUGAGAAGCCAUGAGAACGAAAAGCCGUUUCCCUGUUCUGAUUGCGGAAAGUGUUUCAGAGCAGCGCAGGCAACUUGGUUGUCCACCAGCGGAUUCACACGGGCGAGAAGCCUUUCAUCUGUUCUCAGUGUGGCAAAUGCUUUACCCAAAAAGCUAGCUUCCUGGCCCACCAGAGGAUUCACACCGGGGAAAAACCCUUUGUUUGCUUCCAGUGCGGCAAACGCUUCACCCAAAAAAGCUAGCUGUAUAGUCCACCAGAGGAUACACACGGGCGAGAAGCCGUUUGUUUGCUUCGAAUGCGGGAAAUGCUUCAGCUCUAAGGUCUACUUGGUCCGGCACCGACUGGUUCACACGGGUGAAAAGCCCUUUGCCUGUUCCCACUGCGGCAAGUGCUUCACGCAGAAAGCUAGCUACCUGGCCCACCAGCGCAUUCACACGGGUGAAAAACCCUACGUCUGCACCCAUUGCGGCAAACCUUUUUCCCAAAAGGCCAGCUGCAUCGUGCACCAGCGAAUUCACACGGGUGAAAAACCCUUUGAAUGUCUGGAUUGCGGCAAAUGCUUCAGCUCAAAGAUUUACCUGGUGAGACACCGAAUGGUCCACACCGGCGAACGACCCUUCGCUUGUUUUGAUUGCGGCAAGUGCUUCACGCAGAAGGCUAGCUUCAAUGCGCACCAGAGGAUACACAACGACGAGAAGCCCUUCAAAUGCGAAGAGUGCCACAAAUGUUUCACGCAGAAGGCCAGCUUUCUGGCUCACCGACGGAUCCACACGGGCGAGAAGCCUUUCUUGUGCACGUUGUGUGGAAAGUGCUUUACCCAGAAGGCCAGUUACCUCACGCAUCAGCGAAUCCACACGGGGGAAAAACCCUACAUGUGCACGCUGUGCGGUAAAUGUUUCACGCAAAAAGCCAGCUACCUGGCUCACGAGCGGAUUCACACAGGGGAAAAGCCCUACGUCUGCUCCCAGUGCGGGAAGUGUUUCGCUCAGAAAGCCAGCUGUAUUGUCCACCAGAGGAUUCACACAGGGGAAAAGCCCUUUAUCUGCUCGCAGUGCGGCAAGCGCUUCGCUCAGAAAGCAAGUUGCAUUGUCCACCAGAGGAUUCACACCGGAGAAAAACCCUUCGGCUGUCUGGAGUGCGGAAAGUGUUUUAGCUCUAAGAUCUACCUGGUGAGGCACCAACUCAUUCAUCGCGGCGAGAAGCCGUUUCAGUGCGGGCAGUGCGGCAAGUGCUUCACCCAAAAAGGAGGCUAUAUGGCCCAUCAGAGGAUUCAUACGGAUGAAAAAACCCUAUAAGUGUCAUGAAUGUGGGCGGGGCUUUGCCCAGAAAGCAAAUUACCUGGCCCACCAUAGGAUCCAUACAGGAGAGAAGCCCUUUGAGUGCAAUGAGUGUGGCAAAUGCUUUUCCCAGAAGGCUAGCUUUAUCACGCACCGACGGGUUCACACCGGCGAGAAGCCUUUCGUGUGCAGGCAGUGCGGCAAAUGCUUUUCGCAGAAGGCAAGCUACUUGGCUCACGAGCGCAUUCACACGGGGGAGAAGCCAUACGUGUGUACGCAGUGCGGCAAGCGGUUUACACAGAAGGCCAGCUGUGUUGUACACCAGAGAAUUCACACGGGCGAGCGACCUUUUGAAUGUGCUGUGUGCGGGAAAUGUUUCCGACUGAAGAAAAGUUUUGAUGAACACCAACGGACUCACACAGGAGAAAAACCCUUCCCCUGUUCUGAUUGUGGGAAGUGUUUCACCAAUGCUGCCAACCGAAUAAUACACCAACGGAUCCACACUGGGGAAAAGCCUUAUGCCUGCUCUGUGUGCGGGAAAUGUUUCACUCAGAAAGCAAGCUUUGCGUCCCACCAGAGGACCCAUACUGGGGAAAAGCCCUUUGUGUGUUCCCAUUGUGGGAAAUGUUUCACCAGUGCCUCCAACCUCAUAGUCCAUCGGCGCAUCCACACUGACCAGAAGCCGUUUCUUUGUCCAGAGUGUGGAAAAUGUUUCACCUCCAAGAUUUACCUGGUUCGCCAUCAGAUUAUCCACACGGGCCAGAAGCCCUUUGAAUGCGCAGAGUGUGGGAAAUGCUUCACGCAGAAAGCCGGCUAUGUGGCACACCAGAGAAUUCACACGGGCGAAAAACCUUUCGUGUGUGCACACUGCGGAAAAUGCUUUACCCAGAAGGCCAGCUGCAUUGUUCACCAGCGAAUUCACACUGGUGAAAAGCCUUUCGAGUGUUGCCAGUGUGGCAAGAGGUUUAGCUCCAAGGUCUACCUGGUACGGCAUCAGUUGAUUCACACUGACAUCAAGCCCUACAAAUGUUCUGAGUGUGGCAAAUGCUUUACACAGAAGGCAAGCUACAAUGCACAUUAUAGAAUUCACACAGAUGAGAAACCUUUUAAAUGUUCAGAGUGCGGUAAAUGCUUCACUCAGAAGGCUUCUUUUGCGGCUCACCAACGGGUCCACACCGGUGAAAAACCAUUUGUUUGCACCCAUUGUGGCAAGUGCUUCACUCAGAAGGCCAGUUGCGUGGUCCAUCAAAGAAUCCACACAGGAGAGAAACCUUUUGGCUGUUCGGAGUGCGGUAAAUGUUUCAGCGCCAAAGUCUACCUCGUCCGGCAUCAGUUGAUCCAUGCAGACGAGAAGCCCUUCAAAUGUGCUGAGUGCGGGAGGUGCUUCACUCAGAAAGCUGCCUAUAUUACGCACCAGAAGCUCCAUGUAGACGAAAAAAACAUUUGUUUGUCCAGAUUGUGGGAAGUGCUUCACCCAGAAGGACAGUUACGUGGCUCACCAGAAGGUCCAUAUAAAUGGGAAGCCCCUUGCAUGUACCUGA